CAAGAGUUUAUUUAAAAGUGUGAACUACGAGAAGUGUACAAAGCUGUAACCGUCUGUACGUAUAUAUAUAUAUUUAUGUUCUACUACAGUGCGUCUAUUUAAAGCAAUAUUUCGUCCUUUUACAUCAGGAUUUUGAGAGAGAGAAUAUCAGUGUCAGCUCCACUUUUUUUUUUUUAUCAGAAGAAUCAGUGCACCGUGAUUCCACGCUUGAAUGAGGAUAUUCCCCGAUAUCGGAAACGCAUUUCGCAGUUUCCGUUCGUUCGUCGAGCGAGCAGCUUCUCGGUGACCGAUUUCGGAUCGUGGUGUGUAAUUUAUAGCCAGAGAAACUGGAAAAAACGAGAGGAUUGUGUGUGAACUGAGAGUGUGACACUGUGAGUACAAUGUGUGGCUGAUGUAGUGUGCAAGGAUGAGAUUGAAGAACAAACAACGUUUGGUCGCAAGGAAGGACCUUGCCCCCUAUAUACUCCUCCUCGCAACGGGGCGCAAGAUGGGAGAGCUGUUAGAGAGAAAAGGAAACUAGAAGAAGGAUCGUAGUUACUUAAACAAGAAUGAAGAUUGGUCCAUGGCCCAGAUCCCCAGAUGCCCUUCCACGACACGAUAUAAAAAGGUGGCGCGGGUGCAUCGUCGACUCGUUUUUGCACGAGGAUACAUGAGGGGGAAACAAGGUGUGCGAUGGUUGUAAAGGGUAAAAAGUAGUCGAUCGGUGUCGUCGAUUGAACGAAGAGCUGGAGGAGGCACGAAUCGUCGUCGGGCCGGGAGUAAAAGUGUUGAUACGCGUUGUCUUGCUCUGCUUCCUUCUCGUCUUCGUCGUGGUAGUCGUUAUCGUCCUCUUGGUGAUCAAGCCUGAUCACAUUUGGGAGAUCAAGGCCGAGGAAUAGAAGAUUCUUCGGAAUUCGAAGUGGUUCUCCAAAGUGUUUUCGAGGAGGAAGUGAUUUUAAGAAAAGAGGUUAUAAAGGUUUUUGAUCCAUCUCUUUUAAACUUUGAAAAUAAUUAAGGAUAUCUUAAGAAGUGUUGAGGGAAUAAUUGGUUCUGAGGGGAAAAAAGGGGGGAUAAAGAUUUUUCGUUUCUGAAAACGAAUUCUAAAACAGCAAAAAAAAAAAGAAUCAAGAGGAUAUAAAUAGACACAAUGAUGAAGACGAUAUUCCUUGCUCUAACUUUGGCGAGCUUGGCAAACUGUCAGGGAACUCUGUUGGAAAUGUCUCAACAGUUGUGGGCCAAGCUUCUGUCAGGUGGAUUCUCGAAAGCGGGAAAGCUGGAUCCGCUGAAGGUUCCGACGAUCAAAGUGGAUCAAUCCGAAGGUAACACCAGUUACAGAAUUAUUCUUCGCAACGUGGAGAUAACUGGGCUGAACGAGUCCAGCCUGGACAGCAUCCACAUAGCUCGAGGCCGUUUGAAAUCGAACCUAAGCGAGUUGGAGGCCGGCUACGUGAGCUACAGCGAUCUCAGAGACUUGGACUCGAUCAGAUACAGGUUCCACACGUUGAUCAAGGAGCCGAAAGGGCAAAACGAGAGCUUCGAGGCAAUAGUUUCUGCCGCGAAUCGACAGAUAAAUAAAUUCGCAACCGGCUCCAGGGAGGAGGAGAGCCGCUUCGAGAGACUGAGAAUGUACGAUCCCUUCUUGAUGAAGAUUCAAGCGGAGAAAAUGAGGGCGCCUGCCACUGAUCGCCCCACCAAUGAGCCACGAAAAUUCCAGCAUCAGCCUGGUGGCUUCGGCUCCUUCAACAUGGAGGGCGCCAAAGUUCUCUCCAAGUCGGAGACCGCUCGUAUCAUCGAGAACUUGAGGUAUCCUUCCGACGUCCAGAUGAUUUACGCGAUGAGCGCGAUGAAUUCUGGAUUAAACCCGAGAAACCACGAUCAGAAGGAGAUCCAGGCAGGCAGGCUUGGUUCUUACGUCGGCGAGAGCAGGGAGGAACACGGCGGACGAGAAGAUGAGAGAAGGGAGAAGAACCCUGGCGGCAGAAGAGGGGAAGAUCGUUACGGGGAUGUUGAGACUAUGGCGUCAGAGAAUAUAGAGAGCGUGGCCAAGGGUCAGAGAUUCGUCCCUGGACAAAUCGGCAGGGAACAGGCGCGUCGUGAUCAAUCGAUUAAAUUGGAGGAUAAACCAGGGUACAUUGACAUCGUUUACGCGGACGGGGAGCGUAAUGGCGGCGUGAAACGCUUUGGAAACGGGAGAAUAGAGUCUAAGGGGAAUGCCAGAGUGUUCGGCGUGAACGGAGACGCAAAGGAUAUCCUGGAGAAUAAACGAGUUAUUAGUCGCAACUGUACCGAGGGGGAAUCGUUGACGAAGAGGAACGACGCCGUUAAGGCGGCCAUAGAGACGAAGAGGUUGGAUGGAUUAUCGAGAUACGCGAGAGAUUAUCAGGAGAAGCAAGGAUACUUCGAGGAAGGCAUGCAGUUGGUUUAUCAUUAUGGCGGGAUGGAUGAUAGGAAUCCUGAGGAGCAGAAAAUUGGCCAAGGGAGAAGACGCAAACGUGCUCAUGGAGGAAAUGACACUGAUGACGAUGUGAUGCACGUUAUCGUGAAAAUCAGGGUACCAUUGCUUCGCGUGAAGUCCGAUUAUCAAUUGAUGGGCAAGGUUGGACAGGAAUUGGUGAGAGGAAGGGGACAGUUCAAUGGGAAUUUCUCUGAUGUGGUUGGCGAUUUCACUAUCGAAUUGAAGAAAAGCAAAGGGCAGGACGAGUUGAUCGUUCGAGCAGCCAGGAGCAAAUUAAGUGCGACUAAGAAAAAUGUUUCUCUUCAGGGGAUGGACGAAAAGGGGCCAGUGAAGUCGAUCCUCAGCAAUGGCUUGAUGGCUGCGGAGGCGGUGGCAGCCAUGCUUGCGGAUGACCUGGCCACCAAGGCCCUGAACGACAAAACGGCGGAUGCGAUGAUUUACAAAAUGUACAAAAACCUUCCGGUCAAUUAAACCGGUGUCGAGGACAGUUGGGCUUUAAUCGUUUUGACAGAUUUAUAUUGUGUAAUACGUGGUCGAAAUAAUUCUUUCGUUGUUAAAUGUAAGCGUAUUUAAGAGAUAUUUAAGAUUUUAUAUAUAUAUAUAUUUUUUGAGAUGGAAAAAAGAUGAAAUUUUUGAGCAUUGUUUGAAGUUUGAAGUUUCCUCUGUCGAAGGUAGAAUAAGGUAAGGUAUCAUGUUAAGAAUUACGUCAGGUAAUAUUUCUUUUGUUUAUAUAAUAAAUGGGAUAUUUCUUUGAACAAUUUUAAA